GGAGUGAGAGGGAUUGUGUUGGAUUCGUCUGUACUGUUACCGUCGGCCGAUGAUGAAGUAAUCGGAGAUGCUGGCCUCAGCUCCGGCGCCGAAUUUCUGCUUCGCAAGCUACGCUACUCCAGUAUCCCAAUUGGAAUAUCUCAUGAACAGGGUCUUUCAAGCUCGAAGUUAAUUUGUGAAGCUCAUGCUGUCAAGGAAUGUCUUCUCAAAGAGGUAGCCAAAACCUACUUGUGUACAAUCUUUUGCUUAUUGCCAGAAGAUGAUAUUUCAAGCAAGGUUUCCCAAAUUUGGGAGGGCAAAGAUGGAAGGCUUAUUCAUGUUGUUUCCUGGUGUAGAGAAGACAUCUUUCAGAAAAAGAAUGGUUCUCAUGUGUUGAAGGUUAUAGUUGGAUCUGCUGAAAGAGAAGCAUCCAAUGAUUCUGGCUAUGCAGUUACUGCAGAGAUGUUGAGCAUAUCUAUAAACAAACUCCAAGAGCUACCUUUGUUGGUUUGCAGUAUGAAUACAAAGGCAGCAGGUGAAGAGCCCUUGGCAGUUGGCUAUGUGAUGAAGCCUUCUCGUGAAGAAGAUUUUGCCAAGAGAGGCUCCUUUCCAUUGUGUCCAACACAAAAUGGACUGAUCUUUUUGCCACUUAACUAUGACCUACCCAUAUCAUCCCAGUUGCAACUAGUUGAUGCCAUUCUUCAUAAGGCAACUGAUGAGAUUUUGGCUGUUGACAUGACUUCUCCUUCAGAAAACAGUGACAAGGUGACAUUUACAAGAAAUUUGCAGGAAUUACAAAGGUAUGUUGAAUGCCAGACAGAUUGCUGUGUUAUCGAUCCAUUUAAUAACAUUUUCCCUAUAUUGGACCGUAUGAAGAUCCAACAGAUCCUAAUGGGCCUGGAAACUCUCAACAUUGAUGGCCGUUGUAGAAUCAGGGCACCCUCUUUUGUCAAGGUUGAUAGCUUUGAUGAUCCCGAUUUGGAACAAAGGCUAGCGGAAGCAAAAUUGCGGUUGCCAAGUAUUGUGAAACCUCAAGUUGCAUGUGGUGUAUCGGAUGCUCACAGUAUGGCAAUUGUUUUUAAGGUGGAUCAUUACAAGAAUCUAAAUGUUCCCCUUCCAGCGGUGGUGCAGGAGUAUGUCGACCAUUCAUCUUUGAUAUACAAAUUCUAUGCUUUGGGAGGGAAGGUCUUUCACGCGGUCAAGAAAUCUAUACCGAAUGCAGAUACCUUAAUGAACUUAGCUGCAGAGAAGGGACUGCAGCCUUUACAUUUUGACAGCCUAAAAUCCCUCCCUGUUUCUAAGGAACAGCUCAACGUUGACAAUCAUAAGCUUGAUCUCGAGCUUGUUAAGGAUGCUGCAGAUUGGCUUAGGAGAACACUAGACCUUACCAUAUUUGGUUUUGAUGUCGUUAUCCAAGAAGGGAGUGGUGACCAUGUCAUUGUUGACGUGAAUUACCUGCCCUCGUUCAAGGAAGUCCCCGAUGAUAUUGCAAUACCCGCUUUCUGGGAUGCCCUCAAGGAGAAGAUAGUUUCAAGAAAGAACCAAAAAUCAUAGACCUCUUAAUGAGUUCCUUCUCUACAUCUCUUUCCCCUCCAUUCUGAAGACAUCUUUUACUCUUUUAUUUGCUGAACAUAUUGCGCCGAACAUACCACUUUUUCUGUGUGUGUUAUGCUUUGCCAAAUCAAAGGGGCAAGAUUUGUAGAAUGUGAAGCCAGUGAUGUGGAUUACAGUGUGUUGAGGAUGUUCACAGAAAUCACUUUUUAUUUAUUGGAGUGGUUUAUUCA